AUGGUACAGCACGAAGUAAGUUAUUUACAUGAAAAAGGUCAUAUUCCCUCUUAUUUUAUUACAACAAGCGUUUUGUGGCUAUGUGAAUUAUCGAAGUUAAAUGAUAGUACUUCAACAGAUUAUGAUCAAUUGACAAUAAAAUUGGCAAAUAUGUGGUUGGAUUUAGCUUGUCAACUGUUGAAUACCGGUGUUUCUGAACAUUAUUUUAUCCAAAAUCUCAAUAUUUUGGAACCCUAUUCGGAAUCAUUAAAUGAAGCAAAACACAUUUUGAAAAAGGAUGCUCGUUAUGAAAUCAAUCAUUCCCUUAUUCAAACAGUAACAAGAAAAUCAACUCACAAAAGAACUCUGAAUCGUCAUUCAAUCACAAGUGAUCAUUCUGUAACAGAAAAUCAUCCUCGCGGUCAGACUACUAUUAACAGUGCAAUUAAUCAAGAAAUAGUUCAAGAUAUUUUGAUCAAUAUUUUAAAAACAACGGAGAACAAACGCUAA